AGAUAUUGAGCUCUAGCCGUCUAAAGCUGACUAAAGGUACAGCUUCCUUCCUCAUUAGAAGUACAUAAGGAAAAUUGUCAAAGUUACAAAAUGGAUGAAAUGAUUGCGGCUGAUUUAACUCUAUACACUAACCCACUAAAUUCGGCUUUAGCUGAUAUUGGCAUUAAAAAACCGGACAAAAACGACGAAAAAGAAAAUGAAAAAACUGAUAUUGUUGCUGCCGAUCUGACUCAAUACGAUAGUCCUUUGGCAGAUAUAGAAAAAGGAUUUAAGAGAAACGAUAAACAAGAGAAAGUUGACGAAACACCCAAAGAAACUAUUAACGAAACGGAACAAGAGGAAUUAAAUCCUACAACAAAAUCUACUCCAAAUCUAAGACUGACACCGAAUAAGGGUUCCAAUCCGAAAUUAAGGAGACAGAGUGAAGGAACAAAAGUUAAAAAGGUAAGAAAAUGAUAUAUAAUUACGUGAUUAUUGACUAAAUUAGGGUAGGUAUAAAUGGUACCUAAAACCUAACAAGCGAAAAUUGAUUAUUAGUUAGAAAGAUAUUUUAAGUCUGCACUAUAAACCUGUAAACUGCAUUGAAUAAAUAGGAUGAUUAAAUGUCUCCGUAUCUAUGGAAUGAGGUUAAUAUUUUUAUUUUGUUUAUGAGUUAUCUCUUUCAAAGACAAAUAAAAGGAAAAGUUUAUCCCACAACGAGGACAUAUUUUAUAUAUUCUUUAGAUGUAUAGGAUAGAAAUGCAAAAAAGAGAACAGCACAAAUACAUCAUAGAAUUUUAUCAAAUAAUUUUCUUAACAUUCGAAUGGAUAUAGAAUAAAAAAUAUUGUCAAUCAGAAUCUAUAGGUAAAUUCUUUUGAUAUGGACCAAUCAACGCUUUGAAUUAGGAAUUAUAUUUUAUAUUAUACCUCUCUUUUUCAGAGAUUACCUGGGAACAAGUGCACUUAAUUACCCAUCUGAAUGUUAUAUAUUAGCUGAAGACUACUUUAGAAAGUUAUAGCUCAGAAUCUAAUUUCUCUAGACACAAUCUCUUCUACAACCUAAAGGAAAUGAGGAUCCUCUCAAAGACUUUUAAAUACGCCACUCUUACAAUUAGACACUAGAAUACAUGUGGUAUGGAAUACAUGACAACCAUAAUGUAUUAAUACUAAAUUGUCUGCUUGUCAUUUACAGUCAUAUUUUUAUUAGAAAUUACAGUAAAGCAUAUAGAAUAUACUUAAAAUCGUCGAGUUCAUAUAAAUGACUGUACAAUAUAUACGUGGCGUCUUUCUUACAAAUAGAAAAGUUAUAACUUGUAAUUGACCUUUGUCAUUUCAAAAUAAUUCGUAAAAUAUGAUUAAAGAAAAUAUGAUAAAAAGCAAGGAUUUUCUAUCUGAAACUCUAGGAUCUUUCGACGUUGAAAAUCUAUUGUUAAUAUCAAGUAAAAUGAUUGGUUAUUCAGUCAUUCUAUCAACAUCUUUAUUUGCUGCUCUACCUCAAAUUAUCAAUAUAUUGAAAAAGAAAAGCGUUAAUGGCAUUCAUUUUCAUUUUAUUUUCUUAGCUCUUUUAACUUCGUGCUGGACUGUUUCCUAUUCGAUUUUCAAACGGCAUCCUUUUAGGUAAAAACGAGUAUGGGUGAUAUUUCCGGGCAUUCAUUUACGUAUAGUACAUAUAAUAUGUGCACACCACAUGGGAAAGGUCGUUGACAUUUCGAUUGUUCUUUAUAGUUUAUUACUAAAAGAAGACUUUGCGAAUUUUUUCUUGCUUUUUUAAAGAUUAAGACAAUUAAUAAAGAGACAAGACAUUCUGAACUCUGAACUAUUUUACUUUAUUCAUUAAAAACAUACGGAACGUUAUUAAUACGAUUUUUUUCCUUUCUUUUUGCAGCGUUUGGGGUGAAAACGUAUUUCUGAGCUUGCAACUAAUACUUAUAAAUAGUUUAUAUCUGUAUUAUACGAAAAAGAUUGGUUCUAUCCUUAUUUUAAUAAUAGGAAUUUUAUUAAUGAAUGUAAUACUCAUGUCAUCAAUAGUUCCUUUAGUUGUUCAUCAAUUUCUUCAAAUUAUAACAACUCCCAUGCUUGUCUAUUCCAGAAUAACUCAAGCGUAUAGCAACUAUAAAAAUUCUAGUAGUGGCGCAUUGUCUGGUGCAACUAUCCUUCUUCUAACUUUUAGAACUGGAGGAAGGCUUUAUACAAAUAUUAUUGAAACAGGAGACAUCUUAAAAAUAACUGUCAGCGGUACUCUUACAUGUUUAAAUAUGCUGUUAGCUUGUCAGGUCUUUUAUUACAAUAGAAAAAAGAAAAUAUUGUAAACAUGAUCUGUCGAAAUCGAUUAAAAAGAAAACACUAAAAUAGUACCUUUAAACUAAGAGAGCUUUUAGUAUGUGUUCUUGUCGUAAGGAACAUAUAUCAAAAUACUUUCAGAAGCAUAUUAUAAUGUAUACUCGUAGUUUCUAUAUAUAUAUAUAUAUUUAAUAAACUCUAUUUUUCAUGCUCGAUCAAAUAAAAAAUAGCCCUUUUUUCUUUAACACUUUUAAAAAGCUGCUAAUUUAAAGGUCAAGGUCCAAAUAAUUUAAAGUAAUAAACUCUCAAUAUUCACUAAUCUUUUUCUUGCAAUAUUUCUAUAAGAACUAAGUCUGAAUUUGCAUAAAUGUAUAAUUUGUAAAUAUUUUUUUAUACGAAAAUAGAUUUACUUUGUUGAACUUCCGGUAUUGUCGGUAAAGGUCGUCUGAAAAGUCGAAUAGAAAAUAGCGAAAAAUGCCAUCAAAUAUGAUAACAAGAAUACUUACUGGUCCUAGAUAUAGACAGCUAGCUCAAAAUUGGGCAGGAACUAGUAUGACUUUCGGAGCAGGACUUGCGAUUCUUGUAGGAUAUGGAACAGAGUGGAAGGCCGUCAUGCAAUAUGUACCAAUCUACAGUCUGAAAUAUAAAUCGGAUUAAAAAAAACAAACAUUUUCAUUAACAUAAUUUAAAACUUUUAAAAUUUAUUGUAAAAUCUUGAAUAAAGGAUCACACAAUAAAUUAUUGUUCAUACAAGACAUGACAUGCUGUUUAUACUAUUACAAUAUUCGUUUAGCCAAACUCAACAUAGACUAAAUAAUGAAAACUUGAAGGAAAAGAAACAAAUGCGAUGUUAAAUCAAUAAAGUAAACCUUUCCAAAAGCGUUGUCAGAAUCAUACAAAUUGACUUAAUAAAAUCCGUUCUGUCCAUGAUAAUUAUACCCUUUUAAGCUUUUUCUCAUACCAGUUUAUAAUAUCAAUGUUCUUAAAGAGAAAUUUUAAAGUAUUAAAGUUAUUUAAGAGAAUAUUAAAAAUAUUAAAUAUUAAUAAUUUUUACUGAUAGAAAGAAAAUUGUUAAGAGAAAUUAAUAAUUUGUAAAAAAAA